CUCGCCCGUUCCUCGCUUCUGCUGCCCGCCAUGAGCGACACUGGGCCUUCGCGCGACGAGCUGCCGCUCAUCUUCCGGCAUCUCAAGGCGCAGCGCAAGGAGAACCGCACGUGCUUCGACUGCGGCGCCAAGAACCCGUCGUGGGCCAGCGCCACGUAUGCCGUCUACAUCUGCCUCGACUGCUCGAGCGUGCAUCGCAACCUCGGCGUGCACAUCACCUUCGUCCGCUCCACGAACCUCGACUCAUGGACGUGGACGCAGCUGCGCCUCAUGAAGGUCGGCGGCAACGGCGCCGCGACCGACUUCUUCGCACGCCACUCCGGCGGCGCCUCGCUGCUGGCGCCUGGCACCGAGGGUGCGACCAAGUACAACUCCUCGGCCGCACGUGCCUACCGCGAGGAGCUGGCACGGCGUGCGGCGGCAGAUGCCAACGGCGCGCCGACGUCGUCCCGCGUGCUCUUCCCCGGCAUGCAGGGCCUGGAGAGCGCACCGAAGGCGGCUGAGAAGAAGGCCGACGAGGAGGACUUCUUCGACGACUGGGACACGCCGGCAAAGCCCGCCGCUACGCCAAAGGCGGCGGCUGCGGCCAAGCCGGCUCUGCCGGGCAUCGGCAUGCGCCCUGCGCCGGCAGCAGCAGCGCCGAAGCCAGCAGCUGCCGCACCUGCCCCCGCGCCCGCACCUGCUGCGCCGGCUGCGCCCGUCACGUCGUCGUCGCUGCGUCCGGCAGCAGCUCGCGGCGCCUCGGGCUCGUCGGCUGGCUCUGCGCUUGGUGCUGUGCGCGCCAAGCCCAAGGCUGCACUCGGCGCCACGAAGCUCGGCGCCUCCAAGCUCGGCGGCGUGCGUCGUGGGGCAGCUGCACCCGUGCUCGACUACGAGGCGGCAGAGCGUGCAGCUGCUGAGAAGGAGGCCGAGGCCGCACGGCUCGAGGCUGCCGCUCGCGCCGGCGCAGAGAAGGACCUCGCCGAGAAGAUGGCGCGUGCUGCCAUCGCCGCCGCCGGCGCAGCAGAGGAGAAGGCCAAGGCCAACGUGGCUGCCGGCGCAGCGAACAAGCAGGCGAGCGCCGAGGGCGGCAAGGUCGAGCUGCAGCCGAAGGAGGUGCGGUUGGGCGGCGAGAACGAGCGGUUGGGCAUGGGCUUCGGCCGCAUCGGCGUCAGUGCGGAGCGCGUGAGGGAGCGCGCAGAGGCAGAGAGGAAGGCGAAGUACGCUGCUGUCGCUGCCGACACGCCCGACUAUGCGCGCUCCAAGUUCGCCGGGCAGAAGUCGAUCUCAUCCGACCAGUACUUCGAGCGCGGCACGUACGACGCUGCUGCAGCGUCGGAAGCGCAAGCGCGCCUGACGUCCUUUGCGGGGCAGACGAGCAUCUCGUCGUCGCAGUACUUUGGGCGCGACGAGGACGAGGAAGGCCUGCACAACGGCGGGCCGCCAGCUGCCGACGGCGAGUGGACGGGCGACUUUGAGCAAACGGCCAAGGAGUACUACGAGCGCUUCAUGGCGAACCCAGACGUGCAGAGCGGCAUCGAGUCGUUCCGGACGGGCGCACUGAAGGUGCGUGGGCACGCACGUCGCGCCGAGCGCAGAGCUGACCUCGAGCCUCCUCGCUCCCCUCUCCCUGUCUCGCCCCAUCGUCGCCGAUGCUUCUUGCUUGCUCGACGGCCAUCUCCGCGCCUGCUCUGCUCGUCACGCGCAACACGGUGCCUCCCACUCGCUCGGCGCCGGCGUCGACGCGCAGCUCGGCCAAUACCUCGAGGAGAUGGCUCGCAACGGCGGCUAGACGCAGCGUACACACGCAGUCGCCUCGCUCCCUGCUGCAAUGGACAUCUCUCUCGCUCUCUCGCUCGCUGAUGUCACACA